AUGUUCUGUAGAAAUGUCUCCAUUCUGAUUUCGUUUUCUUUUCUUUCUUUUUAUCUCUCGACCUUCUUUUUCUUCUAUUUUUCCCUUUUCAUUAAAUUUGUUACUUCUUUUUCGUCGUCUUCCCAACGAAUAUCGAGUUCUUUAGGCUUUUGUCUCACCUUGCAGCUGACAAAGUUACUUUUAUCUAAAUGUUCUGUAGAAAAGUCUCUAUUCUGCUUCCGUUUUCUUUACUUUCUUUCUGCCUCUCCGAGUUCUUUUUCUUCUGUUGUUAUCUUUUCUUUUUCUUUUGUUACUUCCUCUUCGUCGUCUUCCCAUCGAAUAUCGAGAUCUUUCGGCUUGUGUCUCUCUUUGCAGCUGACAAAGAUAUUUGUCUCUGAAUGUUCUGUAGAAAUGUCUCUAUUUUGCUUUCGUAUUCUUUUCUUUUUUUCUCUCUACCUUCUUUUUUUUCUGUUUUUCCCUUUUCUUUGUUACUUCUUUUUCGUCGUCUUCCCUUCGAAUGUCGAAUUCCUUUGGCUUUUUCCCCUUUUUCUUUCUUUCUGCCUCUUUUCUGUUGUUGACUUUUCUUUUUCUUUUGUUACUUUUUUUUUUCGUUGA